AGACAACGACUACCUCCGCAUCGUGUGGUUGCCGACAGAGAAGUGGCCGCGUCAAGGCGGCGAAGUGACAAUCUGGUCCUAUACCUCCUGCCAGUUGUCCAGUGCAUAUGGCAUAUGCACUGCAACUAUGUCUGGGUCUGGAAACCUGCAAACUUGUGAUGCAAAUUCUACAGCAUGCCAAAAUCUCUCAUGUUCUUGCAGGGUCAGCAAAUAAAGUCGCCCAAAUCUUGUCACAGAAAGAAAAGAUUUGUCAUGCGGGUCAAACAUAAUUCUUGGGAUACCUGCAGCUCGAACAAUAAACCUGUGAUGCGAUGAAGGCUUUCAUGCCAGACGAGACGAUCUGGGCCACACAGAAACUGCAGUCUUCCAGACCCAGACAAAUUUGCGUUUGAUAGGCCAUCAACUGGCACAACACGCCGACCCCGUCACGGCACUACGAGAACUGGCAGCACACACCGGGUCCCGCACCUGUAACAGCGCCACGGUGCUU